AUGGUUGCCAAGGGUGUGGUCCGCAAGGAGCUGCAGUGGAAGCAUGCGCGUACCUUCUUCUACUUCCGCCUCAAGCGCAGGCUCGCCGAGGAGUACCUGCUCCGCGAUAUGGCCAAAACGAGCCCCGACAUGGAUCGCGAGGAGCAGAAGGCCAUCUUGCAGGCCUGGUUUGAGCAGAGCAACUCGGAGGCCUACGACGACGACCGCGCUCUGAUGCGUGCCUGGAAAGCCCAGGUCGAGGCCGCCAAUGUCGCCGCCAAUGUCGCCGGAGCCACCGACGAUGCCCUGCUGGCCGCCCUGCAGCAGCUGUCGCCGGAGCGCCGCAAGCAGCUCCUGCCAAGCUCUCCCAGUGAAAAAAACUAA